AGGGAAGACAAAGAAGAACGAGGAUCAUGGCCGACGGCGGCGAUUUCUCAGCUUGUCCGGGAGAAAUUUAUCCGCCCGAAGGAAUCGCACCACCGUAUCAUCGCAAAGCUCCUCAUGGCGACGUGCAGAGGGACCCUAAGGAGUUGCACGCGGUGCAGCCACUUCCAAAGCAAUCUGGCGCACCACAUGUGGCGCAAGUCAAGCCACCGACUAAAUACGCGGCGUCUCACCACUACGACGAUGUCCACCAUGCUCUACCUGACGUGACACAGGCACGACUCCAAGCGCUGGCCUCAACGGGAAAGCAUGAGGAGCACGGAAGCACUCAUAAAACAAAGAAGGCGCCAGCAAGUGCUGCAACACAGGUCUCCUCGAUAGCGCACAAGCCUGUACACCGACUACCAAGCGGCUGGAGCGCUCCCGUCCAGCAAGCGUCGGCGGUUCCUGGAGGAGCUUCAGAGGCUGAUCGGAAGUCAGGUCAAGGGGCCCGUAGAACGUGGCUGCCAGCAUCGUCGUCGUUGGGACGCCGCAGCUCCGUUUACAACUAUCACGCUGAGUCCGUCGAGGUUCAUCAGGCGCCUCAGUCGAACCUUGAUCGCAGACGGAGUUCAUUCGGAAAUAUGGACGCGUGGGCCAAUACUGAUUUGCCAGCGCUGCAGGCGACGGCCGGCCUCGAACCAGCCGCCCAUGCCAAGAACGUCCGCAGCAGGAAGAUCGACCACUACCUGGGUAGGGCUCCGAGGCCGGUUGUUAGCACCACCUCGAAUGUGCUGACUACGUGCGCCUCGAUGGCACAGGCGUGCGGCCUCGCUUUUAUGGUGCUCGUGGUUGCCGCCCUCUGCGUCGCCGUAUUUUACAUGCUCGAUUACAAUCCUUAUUCAACCUCCACCAGCUCCAUCAUUGAACCUCCAACAGAGAACUCGUAUGGCUUACACCCCCCUACUAUGCAUUUUACGCACGCGACCGAGGCUUCCGCUACCCCGGAAUCUGCCCUUGAGAAUAAAGAGCUCGCCAAUCCACAAACUACGAUGCCUUACUCAACAGAAGUCACCACAGGAGAUGGAGACAUGAACACAAGGUCGUUCGUCACUGCUGCCCCUCGUGCCGGCGCACCGAUGAUUAUGUCAUUCAGCAUGUCAACCUCGGAAGCAGUCACAACGGCGCCACAAGGUUCGACAACACGGGAAGCACUUACACGGAACAAGACGUCCCAACAAAGAAUGCAAGCCCUGAAACCAGGACUGGUAGUCGAGGACCUUCACCCGGUAGGAACCGUGGAAUGAUUUGACUGUUCGAAUGUCAUGCUCAUUCAUUCACUGAAUGGGGAAUAAUGACAAGGUGCCUUUUGUUUUCGUGGUCAACACGCGCGUAUUGACGUGACCUUCGGCCAGUGAAAACAGUUUUCAAGGACAUGUAUGUGUUUUCACUACGGUGUUAAAACCUCGGUGACAGCACAUUCCCAGAAACUGAACUACUAAGCAUAAUUUGCCGUGUUGCAAUAGCAUUAGUGUGCUCCUCGAGCAACGUUUGCGGCACGACGCUCACGUGCGACACAGUCGAAGUGUUUUCCGAUUUUAUAAAUAAACAACGGUGUUUUAUGA